CUGUCAGUAGCGUUGUUGUUGCCCAUCAUGCGAUAUCUCUCCGUCCUCUGGGGACUUACAGCAGUGGUGACGAGCUCUACAACACCACUUCAAGAGGCCCCGAAUCCCGCAUACUUGUUUAAGAACCCCACCGAGACUGAUGCAGUGGCACAGCACCGGAUACCUACCAUUCACGAGUCUGCCGUCCAGGCUAGGCGAAUAUUACAUCUGGAGAACAUCGGCACCUUGUCGACCGUCUUCCCUGGCAAGUCCGAUGAAUAUGCAUCGGAGAACCGGCCAACCAGCCUGGGCGGCACACCUAUUGGUCUGAUGGACUACUUCGCCGAUUGCGAGCCAUCGACGGGCAACCCCACCGUCCUGGCGAUCCGGAUCGCCACCAGCUUCAAGAACGUCGAUGCCGGCAGCAACAUCACCCUCUCGAUGCGGUGGCACCCCCCUGCGAAGUCGGUAUACAGCGCAGCCGGCAUGCCGCGUUUCUCGCUGGUUGGCCACCUGGAGGAUAUAACAACCUUUGACGCGUUCAAAGCGGGUAUCCCACCUUGCUUCGCGAGGGCGCAUCCGGACGCCGUGGCGUGGCUGCCAGGAAACCCCAUUCAUGAUAGCCAUUGGGUGAGGCUGGUUGUCGACGAAGUCUAUUGGAUCGGUGGGUUUGGCGAUCGUGCGUAUAUCGGAUGGAUUCCCGCGGAGGUGUGGAGCAGCGUAACGAGGAAGGAGGUCGAGGAAUGCCGGCUGCCGGGUGAGAAGGAUACUUUUGUGGGCUUGACUUGGCUCGUCGUGAGACGCGCCUCUGCAAGCCGGCGCAGCUGUGCCAGAGCUGCGGAGGAAGCUCCUGCAGAACUUGAAGCUGCCGAGAAGGAGGCACUCAUCAGCUCCUGAUGACGUAUGGAAUUUUCUUCGGUCAACUGGGUGAUUCAGCGUUUGUCCAAGACCGAGCACACAUUAUCCCUCAAGAAGCUCCGGAAGCUCGUCGUUUCGGUCCAGCCUAGUCUAGAGCCUGUGAGGCUUGUUAAGUUGUCACAUAUCAUCUUCGCAAGCCAUAAACUUUUACUUCCUUCAAUUU